AUGGUAGCCCUCCCAACUACUGCAGUGGUCGGUGAACCGCUAGAUCUCUCGGAAUGGCUGUCUCUGCUCUGGCGGGUGCCUUUACUCGUUAUCCAAUUCGUGGCGAAUCUGACUUCACUAUACCUCUCGGCCCGUGAAGCUUCCAGGCUGGGGUUGCGCCAGAAGCUGGCCCUCGCCUACCUAAGGACCCACGCACUCGUAUUCUCACUAAAGCAACAGGCCCUCCCACGGAGUAUCCUAUCAGGACCCAGGAUCCAGAAAUACUGCAGCUGGUAUAGACUACCACACAAAGCCAUCGCUAUUCCCUUGGAAGGUGGUGGUGCCGGUGCUACUCUUGACACCGGCCCAGGGGCCGAUAUCCCUAGCCCGGUGCUCCAUUUCGUCACGCCCCGUAUAGCACACAAAGACGGGCCAACGCUCUUCUACAUCCACGGCGGCGGGUACCACGACCCGAUUGUUGAGCAGGGACAUGUAUCGUUUGUUCUGCACUGCGCGGAAGCAGCCAAAUCAGCCCAGGUCGUGUUUCUGGAGUACUCGCUCGCCCCUGAGCAUGCAUACCCGAGCCAGCUCGUCCAGGCCGUCGCGGGGAUGCGAUACCUAUUCGAAAAGGAGUCAAUUAAGCCAGAGGAUCUCGUUAUCGGCGGUGAUAGUGCAGGAGGGCAUCUGACGCUGAGUCUACUGGCUCAUAUCGCCCAGCCAUCCCCGUAUGCGCCACCGCUUGAUUUGAAUGGUGCGAGGUUCAAGGCUGCGAUGCUCGUUUCGCCCUGGGUUGCUAUGACGAAUGAGCAGACUGGUGCUCUCCCGGAAACGCCGCAUGACUAUGUCCCCGCGCAGCGUGUUGCGUGGAUGCGUGAUUUCUUCAAGCCGAGUGAGAGCGAGGUCUGGAGUAACCUGUGGCAGCCGCAGGACGCGGACACGGUCGCGAUGUGGAAGAGGGUGUUCAACCCCGGUGCGAUAUGCAAGAAGGCGAUUGUCUUAGGUGGGGGAGAAGAGGUUCUGCUUAAUUCGUGUGUUGCCUUUGGCAGGGACUGUAUGGGGUGUGAGAGCGUGGUGGUUGAUGGUGAGGCUGCGCUUCAGCGUCUCAAGGAGCCGGACUUUGUGCUUGCGAUUGCGCCCGGGGAGGCGCAUGUCCAGCCGGGGCUUGAUGCGUUUCUUUGGUAUUAUGGGGGAUCUGGGAUGAGGGCGCUGGUAUCGUUCUUGGAGGAUUGUUAG